AUUGGGCUAUUUGCUGAAGCUUCUUUCCCUAGUAGGCCAGGGAAAAAUUUACAUUUUGACUUUCUUUUAAUCAUGGCUUUGUUUCAUAAAUUGCUGAAUGGCACUUAUAUUCUCAGAAAAUGCCCGAAGCCAAGUGUUGCCUCUUGUCCAUUUUGGGGUACUCGUUUUGCAGAUUAUUGUUCUAGCAGUCUUGAGAAACCAGUGGCUGCUCCUGGCAAAGCCUCUUCUCAGAGGAAGACUGAAGGGAAUUUGGAAGGACAUCACCAGAGAGAAGUUGCUCUGGAUAUAACUUCUCCUGAGGACAAGCCUGAAGUUAGUUUUGAUAAAGCAAUUAAAGAAGAAAUAAAGGACCAUUUUAGGCGUUUGAAGGAUGAUAUUGUGAAUCAUUGGAUAGGGCCUGAAGGCUGCCCUCUGCAUGAGGUCUUGAUGGAACAAGCCAAGGUUGUCUGGCAGUUCCGUGGCAGAGAAGAUUUGGAUAAGUGGUUAGUGACUUCUGAUAAGACGAUUGGUGGCAGAAGUGAAGUGUUCCUGAAAAUGGGCAAGAGUAACCAAAGUGCACUGCUGUAUGGAACUCUGAGCUCUGAGGCACCCCAGGACGGGGAGAGUGGCCGAAGUGGAUACUGUGCAAUGAUAUCCAAGAUUCCAAGGGGCCCUUUUGAGAGGAAGAGGUUUUAUGAUUGGUCCCAGUUCAACACUCUGUAUCUUCGUGUCCGUGGAGAUGGUCGGCCUUGGAUGGUGAAUAUCAGGGAGGACACGGAUAUAAUCCAGAGGAAGGAUCAGAUGUACAGUUACUUCAUGUUCACCCGUGGGGGGCCCUACUGGCAGGAGGUCAAGAUUCCUUUCUCCAAAUUUUUCUUCUCUAAUCGAGGAAGAAUCCAGGAUGCCCAGUACCAGCUUCUGCUUGACAAGAUCUCUUCUAUCGGAUUCACCCUGGCUGAUAAAGUGGAUGGUCCAUUCUUCCUAGAAAUAGAUUUUAUUGGAGUAUUUACUGAUCCAGCCCACACAGAAGAAUUUGCCUAUGAAAAUUCUCCAGAGCUUAAUCCAAGACUUUUUAAAUAGCGAUCAUGUAGUAUUUCUAUAUUACUAAACUAAGGAUAGUAGAAUCCACGAUGACACAAAAAUAAAGUACUUCUUUAAUGGCAUCCAAACAAUGGCUGGUAUGUAUUCCCCAAAACAUAGCUAAAUGCUGCUGCUAAGAGAGACCAGGAUAUAAGCUGUACCUUAACUUAAAGAAUCAAGUACUGAUGCAGAGGUACUAUGUAAAUAACUGUUUUUGGUUAGAAUGAUUCCUAUUAGCAACAGUUCCUAUAUAAGUAGGUGGUUUCCAAAGCAGGGAGUCUCUGAGGUGACUGUUUAUGGCCCUCUACCAUUCUGUUCCUUAUAGGUUUCUUCUGUCUUCUAAUCUAUCAGGAUAGGAGACCGUUGAAGAAUAUUAAGGUGCUGUAGUAGUCACUGGGAAAAGAUACCUGUUUUAGACUGCCCAAGCUGCUAUAACAAAUUACUAUAUACUAGGUGGCUUAAACAAAACACAUGUUAUUUCUCACAGUUCUGGAGGCUGGGAAGUCCAGGAUACCUGGUAUCUGGUGAGUGCUUCUUGGCUUGUAGACAGCUGCCUUCUUACUGUAUCCUCCAAUGGAGAGAACAAGUUCUAGUCUCUUUCUCUUCAUAUAAUAGCACUAACCCCAUCAUGAGGGUGCCACCUGCCUGACCUAAUAACCUCCCAGAGGCCUCCAAGUAUACCUCAAAGUACCAAGUCACAUUUGGAAUUAGGAUUUCAGUA